AUGGAAGACGUGUUACCAGAAAGUGUCAUGUUGGACGUUUUAUCCAGACUUCCUGCCAAAGCAAUCAUCCGCUUCAAGCGCGUGUGCAGAAAGUGGCGUGAUCUUGUUUCCGAUCCUUACUUUGUUCAUCUUCAUCACUCGAGAUCCCGUGAGGCCCUCAUGAUUGAUUGGCAAGGAAGUUUAGAGUGGGUUGAGAUGAUGGAACACGAAGAUGAGUACCACCUCCACCCUGUGAAGAGCCUAAGCAUUCUUAUAGAUCCUUCUUUUAGUUUCGCGGGUUCCGUCAAUGGUUUGAUCUGCUGUUAUCGUCCAUAUGAUUCCGUUUACAUAUUAAAUCCUGUUUUGAAAGAAUAUAUGAUCCUUCCUAAACCACAAUUGGAGAAUGUGAUAUAUACUUAUGGUUUCGGUGUUUCAACAGCAGGGGAAUACAAAGUGAUACUUUGCAACCGGACAGGUCAUGAGGUGCCAAGUGGAUGGCCAUUCGGGCUCGGUAGUAUAAACACAAGACUUGGUAUACGAGAGUGUGUGGAGGCUGAUACGGGUGCGAGAGAACUCCACCACCACAUCGCCGCUCCUCACCACCACCGACGGCCAGUGAAUCAGCAGCGGUUGGCUGAUUUGAGACCGGAAGUUAAUAGAGGAAAUUCGAAUUCGAGUUUAUUGAACUCGGAGAGUGAGCGUAGGGAUUUAGCACUAGAUAUGUCACAGAAUGAUGAUGAGGAUUCCAUGUACAAAUUUUAA